AUGAAUCUUAUUUUUAUAUUGUAAAUAUGGAGUGUUAUCGGAAAAGAAUAAUGUUUGAAUGAUAAUGUUUAUGAAUUUAAAACAGGAGAGGUUUAGUUAAAGUAACGCACAGAGUUGACUGAGAACUUAAUGAAAUUUGAGACUAAUUAGCAUAAUUUGCAUAUAAAUGAUAUAGUAGUUUAAGAAGACCAAAUUUUCAGAAACUGUGGAGGAAAAUAAAAAUAUAAAAAUGAUUAAUAAUAGGAUAAUUUGACAGAAUAAUAAUAAUAAGAAAAUGAUUAUAAGUUGAAAGCAGAAUAAUAAAAAUAAGGUAAUGAGUAAGAUAUUAAAGCAGAAUAAUAAUAAUAAAAUAAUAAUUAAAAGUUGAAAGCAGAAUAAUAAUAAUAAGAUAAUGAUUAAAAGUUGAAAGCAGAAUAAUAAUAAUAAGAUAAUGAUUAAAAGUUGAAAGCAGAAUAAUAAUAAUAAGAUAAUGAUUAAAAGUUGAAAGCAGAAUAAUAAUAAUAAGAUAAUGAUUAAAAGUUGAAAGCAGAAUAAUAAUAAUAAGAUAAUGAUUAAAAGUUGAAAGCAGAAUAAUAAUAAUAAGAUAAUGAUUAAAAGUUGAAAGCAGAAUAAUAAUAAUAAGAUAAUGAUUAAAAGUUGAAAGCAGAAUAAUAAUAAUAAGAUAAUGAUUAAAAGUUGAAAGCAGAAUAAUAAUAAUAAGAUAAUGAUUAAAAGUUGAAAGCAGAAUAAUAAUAAUAAGAUAAUGAUUAAAAGUUGAAAGCAGAAUAAUAAUAAUAAGAUAAUGAUUAAAAGUUGAAAGCAGAAUAAUAAUAAUAAGAUAAUGAUUAAAAGUUGAAAGCAGAAUAAUAAUAAUAAGAUAAUGAUUAAAAGUAGAAAGCAGAAUAAUAAUAAUAAGAUAAUGAUUAAAAGUUGAAAGCAGAAUAAUAAUAAUAAGGUAAUCAGUAAGAUAUUAAAGCAGAAUAAUAAAAAUAAGUUAAUGAUUAAAGGUUGAAAGCAGAAUAAUAAUAAUAAGAUAAUGAUUAAAAUUUGAAAACAGAAUAAUAAUAAUAAGAUAAUGAUUAAAAGUAGCAAGGAGAAUAAUAAUAAUAAGAUAAUGAUUAAAAUUUGAAAGCAGAAUAAUAAUAUUAAGAUAAUGAUUAAAAGUAGCAAGGAAAAUAAUAAUAAUAAGAUAAUGAUUAAAAGUUGUAAGCAGAAUAAUAAAAAAAAGGUAAUGAGUAAGAUAUUAAAGCAGAAUAAUAAUAAUAAAAUAAUGAUUAAAAGUUGAAAACAGAAUAAUAAAAAUAAGGUAAUUAGUAAGAUAUUAAAGCAGAAUAAUAAAAAUAAGAUAAUGAUUAAAAGUUGAAAGCAGAAUAAUAAUAAUAAGGUAAUCAGUAAGAUAUUAAAGCAGAAUAAUAAAAAUAAGUUAAUGAUUAAAGGUUGAAAGCAGAAUAAUAAUAAUAAGAUAAUGAUUAAAAUUUGAAAACAGAAUAAUAAUAAUAAGAUAAUGAUUAAAAGUAGCAAGGAGAAUAAUAAUAAUAAGAUAAUGAUUAAAAUUUGAAAGCAGAAUAAUAAUAUUAAGAUAAUGAUUAAAAGUAGCAAGGAAAAUAAUAAUAAUAAGAUAAUGAUUAAAAGUUGUAAGCAGAAUAAUAAAAAAAAGGUAAUGAGUAAGAUAUUAAAGCAGAAUAAUAAUAAUAAAAUAAUGAUUAAAAGUUGAAAACAGAAUAAUAAAAAUAAGGUAAUUAGUAAGAUAUUAAAGCAGAAUAAUAAAAAUAAGAUAAUGAUUAAAAGUUGAAAGCAGAAUAAUAAAAAUAAGCUAAUGAGUAAGAAUCUACAGCAGAAUAAUAAAAAUAUGGUAAUGAUUAAGAAUCUACAGCAGAAUAAUAAAAAUAAGAUUAUGAUUCAAAUAAUUCAAAAAUAUCCCAUCAAAACAAUCCAAUAUUACCCAAUUAAAUUUUAGGUAAAAUACUUGAAAAUAUUCCUAUAACAAAUUUUAUUUCCUUUGAACUUAUUUAUUCAUAAAAGAUUUUAAAUAACUUUACUGAAUAACAGUUGGAAAAAUUAUAUGAAAAAAUCUUUAGAGAUUACAACGAUCCUUUGCUCUGCAUAGCAGCAGAAAAAUAAGGAAUACUAAUUUUAGUUGGCUGUGAUUUGGCUACUUAGGUUUUAGAUGAAACAAAAAAUAUAUAUGCUGCCCAAUAAAGUCCAAAUGGAGAAGUGAAUUGGUACUUUUUUAAAGGGAAAUCAUUUGGUUUUUCUCCAGAUCUACAUAUUAAGCUUAAUGUAUGUGAUAAAUACAACCCUGAAGAUACAAAAAGAUUAUGUAUUUCAUUAAGUAGAGAUAGGAUUGAAAGAAGGAUUGGAAAAUUGAAACAAUUAUAAUAAAUGGAAGUUUACAAUUUAUAAAUAUAUUUAAGGUAAAUAUGA